UCCUAAGAGUGUUUUGUUGUUGGCAGUGCGGAAGAAGGAAGGGCAAUGAAUGAUUAGCUUCUCACUCUCUAUUCCUCAAAUAUUAUAUUUCUUGUCAUAGCAAAUGUAUCAUAAGUUGUUACUCUUCGCAGACAUUGUAGCCAAAUACAGUCUUUAUGCUCUUAGUGCUAAGUCUGCCAUCGUUACGCCUAUAUAAUUGAACUAGCCACAUGGCUAGCUAACUAGCUUGUUAGCUUAAGCUACCACUGCGUAAGGUGGCGCUAAUAAAAGCUUCUUAUUGUUAAGCAAAUGUUCGGCUGUUGCUGAACUCUAUCUAGCUGUCAUAGCAAACGAACCGGGAUUUCAUUUCCGUAAAUUUGGGAAUUGUGUUGACUUUUCUUUGGACAGUUGAGCUCUGCAAAAAGCAGACCGCACCAUGUCUAGUGUGCACAUACUUCUGUUGAUGAGCCUGGUGGUGUGUACAUGCACAGCGGUGGAGAUCCAGCGACCGCGCGGCGUUCCUCUAUCAAAGCGUCAGUUCUAUGAAGAAAACAAGCCUUUCACCUGUCUGGACGGUUCUCGCACCAUCCCCUUUGAUAGGGUCAAUGAUGACUACUGUGACUGCAAGGAUGGCUCUGAUGAGCCAGGUACAGCUGCCUGCCCUAAUGGCAGCUUCCACUGCACCAAUGCUGGCUUCAGAUCCACCUUCAUCCCUUCUUCACGCAUCAAUGAUGGCAUCUGUGACUGCUGUGACACGACGGAUGAGUACAACAGCGGUGCUACAUGUCAGAACACCUGCAGGGAUUUGGGCCGCUUGGAGAAGGAGAGCCUGCAGAAGCUAGCUGAGGUGGCUAAGGAAGGUUUUCUGCUCAAGCAGCAACUGAUACAUGAAGCCAAAAAGGGCCAAGAGGAAAAACAGGACAAGGUGAAAGAGCUUCAGAUCAAAAAGAAGGAGUCUGAGGAGAAGUUGGAGGCUUAUAGAACAGUGAAGGAAACUGCAGAACAACCAGAAAAAGAAGCUAAAGAACGCCACCUAAAGGCCUGGGAUGAACAGAAAGAGCUUGUUCGCAUGGAGAAGGACAAGGCAAGGAUGGCCGAGGCUUUCCUGGAGCUGGAUGAUGAUGCAGACGGCUACGUUUCUGUGGCUGAGCUUCAGUCCCACCCAGAGCUUGACCCAGAUUCCGAUGGCACUCUGACAGAAGCAGAAGCCCAGGAGUUGCUGGGGGCAACCGACAGGGUGGACACGGCGGUGUUUGAGAUGACGUGGAGCAGAAUCCAAGACAAAUACAUAUCAGAGGCAGACAGCCAGGCACCAGUGGAACCCCCCCAGGAGGAGGCGAGGGAGCCUGUCCCCGAAAGCGAAUCUGACUCCUACCCCGAGGAAGACGUCGGCGAAGAGGAGGACGAGGACGAGGACGAGGAAGACGACGAGCCCGAGGAUGAAGAUAGCAAGAUACCUCCCACCCCAACGACUUCAGAGAAGAAGGAGGAUGACGACCAGGUCUCCAUGCCACCCUAUGAUCCAGUGACACAGAGCCUGAUUGAUGCUGCACAGAAAUCCCGGGACGAGUUUGACGAAGCCGAACGAGCACUCCGUGAGAUCGACGAUCAAAUCAAGAAUCUGGAGAAGGAGAUCUCUUUUGACUUUGGCCCCAGUGCAGAGUUUGCUUACCUCUACAGCCAGUGCUACGAAUUGAGUACUAGCGAGUACACUUACAGACUGUGUCCUUUUAAUCGAGUGACACAGAAACCCAAGUUUGGGGGAUCGGAGACCAACCUCGGCUCUUGGGGCACUUGGGCAGGGCCCGAGGGCAACAUCUACUCUCUGAUGAAGUAUGAUCAUGGGACAGGCUGCUGGCAGGGCCCCAACAGAUCCACCACAGUGAAGCUGACCUGUGGGAAGGAGACGGUGGUGACGUCCACCUCGGAGCCCAGUCGCUGUGAGUAUCUAAUGGAGUUCACCACGCCCGCCGUGUGCCAGGAGCCGCCCGGCGCGGACUCGCCCCUCCACGACCACGAGGAGCUGUAGGCAGCCUAGAGCGGUUGUUGUUUUGGGACCACAUUGGGGACAGCCCCCCCCCCCCCCCCCCCCCCCCCCCCC